UCAUUGCAUUGAUUAUUACUAGAAAUAUUGAAUUCAUGGCGGGUGAUGACACCUUGCCUUUCCGUAAGGCCUCAGCCAUGGGUACGGUCCUAAUAACGAUCGCUGCGGCAGUGCUGCUGUCGGUCGCCCGGACAGCCGAUGCAGGACCGCCAAUCCCAGAUGCAGUCCGGGCAAACCCGCCCCCAUCGCUAAUUCCCAAGCGGUCCCCGCCACCGCCCAGCAGCUGCCUGUUCUGUGCCAUCGUGUAUGUCGCCUACCCCGCCAAGGCAGGGAUCGAUCCCAAUGCGUGCACUGAUUGCCAAGACCGUAUUAUUAGCGGCGUCAGAUACGUUUAUUCGGACAGCAACGUGGCGGUCGUCAACAGCACCUGCUCGAAUGGCGGCCGGCGCACCACCGUCUGUAUGUCCGUCCAGUCCUCUGCACUACCGGCGGUUCCUCAGCCGAGGGUGGAUGCUAUGGUUUUGAACUGGGCGGGGAUGCUUCAUUAUUCUCUUCAGCCGUUCUGCGUACCCAUGAGCACGAUGGUGGCGGAGAUUAAGUCCCGCAACUCCUGCCUGGCAAGCAAGCAGUCGACCACGCUGUACUGUGACCGAUUCAACCCCCCACCGGCCCCUCGGAAUAUCCGCAACCCCCCACUGCGGGGCUAAUAUUGCGGUAGAUGAUGAUAUACAUCAAGAACACACGCACACACACAUACACACGCGCACGCACACACAUACAUACAUAUACACACAUGCGCAUCUGUUACAUUCGUUACACAUGUGCACGCACAUAUAAAUGCUGAUGAAGGGGACCCUCGCUCUUUUCUUCGAGUCGGGUGGUGCCCACACAUGUAUAGUUGUGAUAUACCCAAUCAUCCGGAAUUAUUGACGGUUGUCAUAGGCACCUCACGGUGCUCCGCUCUGUCUGCUGCGGGCUCUGACGCCUCCGUUUUUUGCCGCCGCGCUUUGGGGAAGACAUUUCCAAGUUUGGCUAUUAGCAGGCUGCUGAGGUUGAUUUAGGUGAGGCAGGGCGUCCUAAUCAUUUGUGAACGCUUUUGCCAGUUAUGAAGACCAACAAUACGUCCGGAGGGUAACGUUGGUAGCUUGCCGUACACCGAGCCGCGUGUAGCCCGCCGCCAGCAGAGGCGUACCGGGUUCGCUCCACGACAUCUAGGGAGGGGUGUUUACCCCGGCCCUUGUAUGCCCAACGGUGAAACAUAUUAAAUUACUCUUUAUAUGGUUAUUUUUGUUAUGUUAGUUACAAUAUUAGUUACCCCAGCCAAAACCACCCCAGCCAAGACCAGCCAGUGUUCGGAUGACUGGCAGCGUCUGCAGCUCUGGAUGCUGUUGUUAAAGGGUAAAUGUCGACAAAGGUGAUGCUUGUUUCGUUUUUAUUGUUAUUUUGCGUUGAGCUAGAAGAGGAGAGGACUUCAUGAGUUCUAGGAUGGCGCCCAGUGUCCGAGGGGGUGGCUAAUCCUGAAGUGCUGCAGUGCAGGUGUGGGGUCCAUCCCGCUUCAGUUUUUGAGGCCUUAAUAUCGCCUUAUUUCGUUUUCUGUUGUUGUUGUUGUUGUUGUUGAAGGUUUCAUAUGUACCACAUAUCAUACGUGAUUUAACGCACGGCUUUGAGCUAAUGGAGGUUUGGUACCUGCCAGUGCCGUUGCGGGAUAGUGGUAACCUUGUAUGAACCCCCAUUUGCCGAUGGCCGGUGAUGGGGUGAUAGUAUAAAGAGAGAGCUGCGAGCCGACCGAGAGUUAUCGCAGUCGUUCAUCAUCAGCAGAAUCACGGGAUGCUGGAUGCGGCACGGUGGUGGUGGUGGUGGUGCUUAUGGUGGGUACUGAACCCGGAAAACGUCACAGACUCC